AUGUUUGAGAUCGAUGUCAAUUUAUUGUUAAGUUUAUUUUGGUUUGCAAUAUCAAUCGGAGUACUCGUACCCGGUUUGUGGUUAUUGUUUGAUGGACAAACAAAUAUAAGUAUCGUUAACAUCGUUCUUCAGCGAUUUUAUUUGUUUGGUAAAUUAAAGAAUGCAACGAAAGAUAAAAGAAAUGUUCUUGGCGAUGUCUCAAAAUCUUAUUUUCUUCAUUUUUAUCUUGUUGGUCUGCUAAUUAACGUUCCGCUAUUUCUUUUCUAUCGAUCCUCGUUCGCUGUCUAUAUUCUAUUCAUUUGUCACAUGCUCCGACGAUUAUACGAAUGUUUCUACAUUCAUCGUUACGGCUCGAAUUCUACUAUGAGUUUUAUUCAUUAUCUUAUUGGAAUUGUUCAUUAUCCAACUGUUGGUUUAACUAUUAUCGUCGAUCAUUACUAUGGUCAUAAACACAUCUCUUUCGGAUCAACCUGUUUAGCUUUAUUCAUAUUUUUAAAUGCCAGUUUCGUUCAAUAUCGUGUGCAUUCAACACUAGCAAAUGCUCAUCGCACCAAGACUGAAACGUAUCCAAUACCAAAUGGUUUCUGGCUAUUCGAAUAUUUCUCGUGUCCAAAUUACAUUGCGGAGAUAUUUAUUUACAUUUCAUUUUAUCUUCUCAGUUAUCACACAUUGUGCUUCAUAUCGCUGACCAUAUGGGUUAUCGUCAAUCAAUGUUUGUCUGCGUUGUUAGCCCAUCGAUGGUAUCGGCAACAUUACGGUGCAUUGUAUCCGGCAAAACGAUGUGCAUUGAUACCGUUGAUUUUCUAG